AGUUCUAAACAAUUAUUACUUGGCCGAAAUCCUUUGGUAAUCGUUCGCGGAUUUUCUGGAAAUAAUUGGUCGUUUCGCUUAUAAUGCCAAUUAAUCGUCGAAGGAAAUCAAGCUCAAAGUUCGUCGAUGUUAAUGAAGAAUCCCCUAUUGUCAAGCAAGUGCCUUUUGACGUCCUUAAGGGUCAUGGUUCAGACUCAAAUAAGGUUGAUUAUCAUGGUAGUGAUUCUAGUCUUAAUUCGAUGUCAGAUGACGUAAGAAAUAUUAGUUUAAAGGAGAAGCAAAGGCCUGAAUUACCAGGAAAGAGCAUGUUGCCUAUAGUUCAUGUUGUUGGCCCAGAACUACCAAAGGUUGGACUGAGUUAUUUCGAUGGAGAGCCAAGAGGAUACUGGAAGUUUAUAAGGCAAUUUGAGACGUAUGUAGCAUCAAGAGUCACGGAUGAUAGCCAGCGCUUGCUCUAUUUGAUACACUAUUGUAAGGGCAAGGCUAAAACAGCUAUUGAAGGUUGCGUCAUGAUGGAGGCAUCCUCUGGCUAUAAAAGAGCAAGGGAGAUUUUAAAACGUUUUUUCGGACAGUCUCACGUAAUUGCUCGAGAAACACUAGAGGACUUAUUCAGUGCUGUGAAUUUUGAGUAUAUUGACGGGGACCAACUAUCAAACUUGGCUAUUAAGAUGGAAAACUGUGCUAUGGUCUUGGAACAGAUGAACUAUACUUCUGAUCUAAAUUCCUUAGUUACUUUGGAAAGAAUAGUGAGACUCUUGCCUCAACCUAUGCAAGCCCAGUGGGCGGACUGGGUGGAUAAAUUGACUGAAGAUAACAGGGAACCGACCUUCGACGAGCUCACUCAGUUUAUCGCAUCGCGUGCGAGAGUGGCUUGUAGUAGAUUUGGACGGUUAGCAAACCGUUCAAGAAAAGGGCACAACGUAAAGGCGAACUGUCACGUGCAAUCAGAGCAAGGGAAUAGUUCGACAACGAAAACUAAAUGCAGUAUGUGUUCCUACGACCAUGCCAUUGAUAAAUGUCCACAGUUCUUAGCGCUUACAGUGCAAGACCGAUGGUCUCACGCUAAAAGCAAGGGCAUCUGUUUCGUCUGUCUUAGACAAGGACAUAGAGUUAAGGAAUGUAAGCUGACAAAGCGUUGUAACGUUGAGGGUUGUGAAACGAAACACCAUUCUUUGUUGCACAGCGAGAGUGAGAAACCUGGUAUUUCGAAUUGUUGCGGAUAUACUAAAUCACUAAUCAGUCAAGUGUGUUUAGGCAUGAUUCCCGUACGGUUGAAAUCGCGAAAGGCCGAGAUUGUGGGUUAUGCUCUGUUGGACAACGGUUCUGAUGUGACACUGAUAAAAUCAAACUGUUUGAGGUCUCUCGGGCUGAGCGAAGACGAAGCAUCAGUGGUAGUUGAGACUGUGGGCGGUAAUAGAACAAUGAAGGCCUACUUAAUGGUAGUCAAGCUAAGAGUAUAUUCCAGGAACAACUAGGAAAACAGUUAGGCAGCCAUGUAUAUGAUGUCCACCUUGAGGCAGCAUGGAAUGAUAUCUGAAAAGCUGUGGAAACAGUAGUGAUAUCUGCUAGUAAAGUAAACCAGAAGGUUAGGGAGUAACACUGGAUCUCAGCAGCAUCUAUCGCACUGAUAGAUGCUCGGAAACUCAUUCCACCUUGCUCUGAACAUAGUAAAGAGCGGAGUCAGCUUAAGCACAAGCUGAAAAGAAGCCUACGCAAUGAUCGCGAACAGUGGUGGGUAGCAAAAGCAAGAGAGAUGGAAAAGGCAGCGGCAAUAGGUGUAAGAUCCAUUUUAAAGGUUUUGUGUGUUGGUGAAAAUCCCUCCAUGUAUAUACUUGUACUUUGUUCCUAUUGAUCCCCUAAGUUGUACAUUGUUGUAUUUUGAUUACAUUUGAAUUGUUAAUACUUGUCUUUUUUAUUAUAGUUUUUGUUUUUAUUACACAUUCACUAAGUUUGUGUUUCUUCCUGAUCUGCAUCUGCGUUGAUUUACUUGACACUUGUUCUUGGCGGUAGCCGUAUUGAUUUGUUCCUCCUUUUGUGUGGGUACGGACUGGCGGGUAAGCCACGGAUUUUCGCGCGCACGUUACAUAUUUUCGUGGAUUUUUUGUGUUGUUAUUUAUCAGCUCUUAACAGGCUUUUUUACAUGACACAUCAAUUUCUGUAUUGCUAGUGCUUGUAACAUAGAUUUUAUUCCAAUUUAUUGGCAGUUUGACGUAUUUCUUGCUCACCACGUAUGUAAAUCUGAAGUUAGCUUAAUAUAGUUGUUUGUAACAAUACAAACUCAAGCAAGUAAAGUUCACCGUUUUUCUAGUCAAAAAAUACAUCACAGAUUGAGUUUUAAUGAAAAUGAACCGUAAAAUCUUUUACAUAUGGUUCACCUCCUUGAUUGCGGUGACGGUGAACAUGGAUGUCGGUAGUUGUUUAUAAAAUGUAAGUAGAAGCAAUCAAGCGUUAACCUAAUUGUGAAUAUUAUAUAACUUGUUUGUAUUUAGCCAUAAAAAGUUAUAUCCAUUAGAGGUACCAUUGUUUUGUACUGAAGUGACAUAAUUAUGUAACGUAUCUGAGAAAAGAAAUAUGUGAGUAACAAUUGACGUUUAUAGUGUUGUCCAGCGGCUUUCUGAACGUCUGCAGUAAUAGUGUAUAACACCACAUCAAGUAGGAACAAAAUCUUCAUGAAUAAAACGAUCGGUGUUUCUUGUGAGAAUGGUGACACAACCAUGUUUUUUAGUUAAUACUGAUUUGUGAGGUGUCUGUUAUAGGGUUCACAAAUGAGUUAUUAUAUACUCUUCACUCCGUUUCGGUAAUACAGUUGUUGUGUUACUUAGGAAGUUAUGAAUGAAUGUCACUACUUGUUAAUAAAAGACUUAUAGGCACAGUCUGUUACUUGCUAUUUGAAUAACUUAUUGAAUAUGAUACUGAGAACAAAGUUUAAUUGUUUGUCUCAAAACGGAUUUGUUGUUUUUCAGAAUAGUAUGAAGCUUAUGGAAUUUAGGAUUACGGAAGAUCGUGUGGAAAACCGGUUUACAAGUUUACGAUAACUGUUUUAUAUUACCUACUGCUAUGCUCAUUCAUCUAAUGAAUUAUUUAAAUAUAAAUAUAACAACCAUA